UGUAACUGUGAGCCGCACAGCUGGAACAGGAGCAGAGGGCUGGCACGCGGUCCAGCUGCGACCAGAUGACUGAGCUCAGCUGCUCCUAACACGCCAACAACACAUCGCAUCCAUAAACUUGCUUCCGAGCGCGCCAGGAGAUGACUUGUGCGCACUGUAGGGUUAAUGUGCCGUAGGAAAGCCCCCGCAUAGCCCAUUCAGAGAGCAUCAACCCAGCAUCAACUCUGAGGAGGAAUCCGAGUGCAUCUUUUCUGAUGACUUCUUGGGUUUCGAUCAUCGGCGCCUCUCUCCGCAGGACCCCGUGUUCCCACUCCGUAGCCGAACAGGCGUUUUGAGUUCGGUACGUGGUGCUGGUGAUGUAACGCUUUGCAUCUCAGUGCUCACUCCACAAUUGUUCUCACUGUCGUCUCCUCUCCCAGAGCAUGGGACCCUUCAAACUCUAAAGUGAGAGGAAGAGAGUCAAACCAGAGAGAGAAAGAAACGAGGGGGAAAAACAGAGAGGAAAGCGACGAUGGAGUCCAUAUUGUCGGAGCAGUCAGCCGGAGUGGACGAGCUAGUGGAAGCAUGCAUCCAAGCCUUUGAUGAAAGGGGCACUUUGAAGGAUACCUCCUUGGUUCGCAUGUUUCUCAUGAUGCACCCUUGGUACAUCCCGUCAACCGACAUGGCGAAGAAGCUAGUGCUCAAAUCUCAAGAGGAGAGCUGCACUGCUGAGCGCCGAACAAGAAUAUGCCACCUUGUCAAGUACUGGAUCUCUGAGUUUCCAGCAGAGUUCAAUCUGAGUCCGGAGCUGGCUGACCAGAUCAAAGACUUUAAAGACCUCUUGACCACUGAGGGCAACGAGCGCCAGAGUCAGCUCAUUGACCUCGACAGUGUGCCGUCAUAUAAAUGGAAGCGACAGGUGACUCAGCGUGUCCCAUCAGUGUCCAAAAAGAGGAAAAUGUCCCUGCUGUUUGACCACCUUGACUCCUGUGAACUGGCUGAACACCUGACCUACCUGGAGUACAAAUCCUUCUGCAAGAUCUUGUUUCAGGACUACCACAGCUUUGUGAUGCACGGCUGCACAGUGGAUAACCCCAUCCUGGAGCGUUUCAUCACCCUUUUCAACAGCGUCUCCCAGUGGAUCCAGCUCAUGGUUCUCAGCAAGCCCACUGCCCCGCAGAGAGCCGCCGUCAUCUCCCACUUCAUCAGAGUGGCACAGAAGCUGCUGCAGUUGCAGAACUUCAACACACUGAUGGCUGUGGUGGGCGGCCUCAGCAACAGCUCCAUAUCUCGUCUCAAAGACACGCAAACCCACAUCAGCACAGAGACCAACAAGGUUUUUAACAACCUCAUUGAACUGGUCACAUCAUGUGGGAACUACAGUCAAUACCGCAAGCGCUUCUCGGAGUGCUCGGGCUUCCGAUUCCCCAUUCUCGGUGUGCACCUGAAAGACCUCAUAGCCGUGCACGUGGCGCUGCCAGACUGGGCCGACAAAGAGAAGACGCGGGUCAACCUGGCUAAGACCCAACAGCUGUAUGCCAUCCUGCAAGAGCUGGCACUGAUCCAGGCCACGCCGCCGAACAUCGACGCCAACACGGACCUGCUCAACCUGCUUACAGUAUCUCUGGACCAGUACCACACAGAGGAGGAGAUCUACCAGAUGUCUCUACAGAGAGAACCUCGCAAGCCAGCGCAGAACUCCAGCCCCGCCCCUGCGCCUGAACCCAAGCCCACCAUGAUCGAUGACUGGGCUGUGUCGGUGAAGCCCAACGCUGACCCGACGAUCAUCAAGAAACACAUAGAGAAGAUGGUGGAGUCGGUCUUCAAGAACUUUGACUCAGACGGUGACGGCCACAUCUCCAGGGAUGAAUUUGAAGCGAUCAGGAACAACUUCCCAUACCUCAGCAAGUUUGGAGAACUGGACAAAAACCAAGACGGGCAGAUCAGCAGAGAUGAAAUGAUAGACUACUUUAUGAAAGCCAGCUCUCUGCUUAACUGCAAGAUGGGCUUCAUCCACACUUUCACUGAGGCCACCUACGUCAAGCCCACGUUCUGCGAGCACUGCGCCGGCUUUAUAUGGGGCUUCUACAAGCAAGGCUACAAGUGUAAAGCCUGUGGGGUUAACUGCCACAAAGCCUGCCGAAGCCGCCUGGCUGUGGAGUGCCGUAAGAGGACAAAGAGCAUUAGCCACGAAACUCCGCCAGCCCUACAGGCCAGAUCCUACAGCUUCCCUCCACCUGCUAACACCCCGCCAAGCCUGCAGAGCACAGUAAUUGCUGAAGAGGACAUAGAGACAGUGGAGGAGGGAGUGUUUGAUGUCCACCUAUAACCAGCUCUCUAUUUCAGAAUCCCUCCUACGGUCGGUGUGCAAGAAGCCAAACGAGCGACUGUCGGGAGCCAGACACAGAAUGUGCUACAGUAUGUCAGUUCAACAACCCUCAACACUGAUGAGAAAUUGCACUGAACACAAGCCAGGAUACCUACAUGCUGCCACACAGUGGACACAUACCGCAACGACAACACCAACUAACUCACAUGAAUGUGACAACCAAUGUGAAUGGAAUGUCUUUGUAUAAUUUCUAUGUACAAUUUCUGCAUUUUGAUUAUAUGUUGGCCCAGAGUGUUGCUGUAAAACUUACUAUAUAUAUAUAUAUAUAUAUAUAUGAAAAAAAAAUCCAUAAAAUUGUAUUUCUUGGUGGAAUGUUAAAGUCAGUGGAGUUGAUAAUUUGAGCGCACUUUGCUGCAAAUUGGAAUGGCUGUCUAUUUUUUUUUUCUUUAAAACAUAAAAGAGGUGCUGUUAUUGCCAAGAAUGUAAACUUGCCACCCAGACAAAGCUACCGUGUUCUUUGUCUGACAAGCUCCGCUGUUUAUUGUUUAUCAUCUUGUUUUGAAAUACAUUUCAAUGGACCAAUAAUAGGACCAAUUUCGAUGUCAGAUAAAAUAUUGUUGAUUCGUGGUGCCCGUCUGAAGCAUGAUGACAACAGCAACCGUUUGGCCAACAAAAGAAACGACUGUGUGGACAGUUAUAAUUAGGAUGGACUUUGAACAAUGUUAUAUUUUUGUCAUGUUUACCUGAAUAUCAGUAACUGUCCUGUAGUUAUUGCUGUGGUGAUGUUUUCAGUAUACAGUACUGUCUUGUACCAGUGCACUGACAGAUGAGCUCUCCUUUUGCAGUACUGUGAAUGUAGCACAAACAGUGAAAUACUGCUGUCAGAUGAAGAUCUCAUUUUCCCCAAUAAAGGCUGUAUGUUGACAGCAGAGAGCAGGAGGCUGGCUAACUUCCCACUGAUUCUUCUAUCAGUUUUUGAAUGGUUUCUGGAGUUCUGACAGUACAGAUAAUCAAAAGAAUAAUACCCAAACGGAAGCUUUUCAUUUGACAGCAGUGUGUAAAUUGUAUAUUAUUUCCCUGAAGAUCUGUUUUGAUGCAAGUUGUAUUUUGCUGUUUUUAAUCCUGCAUGCUUCUCCCACCAUAACUCUAUAUUCUGGACAGAGAUCGAGGAUUUUUUUUUAUGCUUCAAUGUAGCACGCCAAGUUAGCAUUUAUUGAGGAAACAUGAAGUAUUGAACUUCCAGACAGAGGAAAUGUUUCUGUUGCUUUGUGCCUGUGCAGAGAUGAAUUCACACUCGAGUGCCAUAUUGUUAAGUGCUGGUUUGUCAUUGAAUGAGACUCUUCCUGUUGCUGGUAUUUAUUUUUCUGUAUAAAUAGCUAAAUAGCUGCCGGUCCUUCUGUGUCGCCGCCUGCCUGACGAAAGAUGUUUGUUGUCAUUCUGUGAAUGAAUCUUUCAGACUGAUGUCAUGUUACUUCUUGUGGUCCCCAGACGAUUCCCAAGUAUUAAAUGCAGCAGGCAUCACUAAUAUGUGUUCUGGUUUAGAAAAAGGGUUUGUCUUGCCUCUCUUAAAUGGAACGCUUUAGUCCUUAUAAAUCAACACUUGUAUUGCAGUUCACUAGCAGCUGCUUUGAUCUAGAAAUACAGUCUGUUUGACUUACAUUUCUGUUAAAGGAAUAUUUCACCCGCAAAAUGACCAUUAGUUACUCACUGCGUUAUCUUGAAUUUGUGAAGAAAAUUAUGUUUUUCUGGCAUGCCUUUACGUUGAAUGGAUAAUCCAAAAAAUUCUUCAUGACUUGAAGUAAUCAGGGUCUGCAUGUAACAACAGCAAAAACUGUAUCAAAACAUCUUUUACAAAGUCUCACACAACCCGGGCUGUACACUCCAAGUCUCCUCAUUUACUGGAUUCUCCGUUCACCGUGGAGGCAUGUGAGAAAAACAAAGUUGUCUUCAUGCAUAACUGAUUGAUAAUUUUGCAGGUUAAGUAUUCCUAUAAUACUGGUCAUUUUCAGGUGAAAGCUAACAAUUUUAUAUGAUUUUAAUAUUUUCAACUUGAAUAACUCAUGUGUAAUGCUGCAUUCACACUACAUGCAACAACGCAACAGCGUAACCAGCUACAUCACUGCAGAGUCGCAGAGUGUUGCUUAAGUGCUCAUAAGCGCAAUGGUAGUUACAGUACAUUAUCAUGUGUCUACAACUUGCCACACUGUCAUCUAAAGUUUGUAUUCAGUCAUAAAAAUAUCUGUGCUUGUGAUCAUCUCCAUUUUAACAUCACAUUCCGCAGCCUUAUUGCAUCGCCGUGGUCACUGCAAUACAUGGAAAGCUAGGGCAGCGUUAGCUAACUGAGCUAAAUAAGACAGUACCAUGUAUUAUUAUACAUCUAUGAGUACCACAGCUAGAAGCAACGAUAUAUGAUUGGUUGAAAAAAGUUGAGGCUGGCUCAGUUUUCAUUUGUUAGCAGUGACGUGUUAAGCAUCAGUUUGUAGCUUCAUGUCACCAGCUUUCACUGAAAAUGGUUGGUAACCUGUUGCAUUGUCGCCUGUUUCGUGAACACAGCAAAAGACUUAAAGGGAUACUGUUGCCAAUUUUCAACCAGUUUUGUAUCACUACAUUGUGGGUAGUAUGCAUAAAUGAACUGUGGUAAACUUCCCACCA